GCAAACUGUUAAGUUUUUAUUUUUUCAGAAUUUUUCACUCCUUUUCUAGUAGGAAACUGCGAUGGAGAGUAGAGUAUCAGUCACUUGCCUUUUAUCAUUUUCCAUACUGUUGUGUGAAAGUUGUCAUCAUGGAGUGGAGACAGCUACUGUUGUAGAGACAGCAGAGAAAACUUUCCCAGAAAAGGCAGCUGGCAUCAAUACUGACUUGGCAGGACUAAUACAGAGAUUUCACCUCCAAGAACUUUUUCAUCGUUAUGGGGAAAACAACACUCUAACAAUUGAAGGAUUUAGAAAACUGCUUCGAAACAUAGGUAUAGAUAAAAUGAAAAGGAUUAAAAUAGACCAUGACCGUGAUCAUCACCUUCAUCAUAACUACGUUACAUCGAGUAAAAACUCUGAGAAGACUGUUUGCCCAAACCGUGAAUAUGAUGCUAACAAAGAUCCCAGGAACAGACACUUACACGAACUGCACAAAGUAGAAAAUGUAGAACAUGAGCAAAACUUCAUACGCAGCAAGAACACUGUUAAUGAAAUAACUGCAUCCAUCAGUACUACUCCCACAGAUGGCAAUUCUGAAUUACAGAAUUUGGGAACUGGAGAAGUGAAGUCAGUUGCUCGUUUAGGUCUGACUAGCUCUAAUGUGACAGACAGCAGUAAUACAAGUUGGCCCACUAAUGGAAAAGCAAAUGAAUCUUUUAUCUUUCCAAAGGAAUCAGAAAGAGGAAGUUACCUGUAUUCUAAAUUUAAAAACCAAAAUACCCAAGAGUGUUCCAAUGCAUCAAAACUGAUGCAGUCCCAUGGAAUAGGCACUCAUGUGUGGUUGACUGCUACAGAAUUUAGUUAUCUCUGUCCAGCUAUUAUUAAUCAAAUUGAUGGCAAAUACUGCAUAGUCCAUGCAACCAGUGAAAAAGCUGAAACUCCUCCAAAAGGCUACUCUUUGCAAAUAGCUUGGAUUGGUGGCUUUAUAUCAAUCUCUGUCAUCAGUUUUCUUUCCUUACUGGGUGUUAUAUUGGUACCUCUGAUGAAUCGCGUAUUUUUCAAAUUUCUCCUAAGUUUUCUUGUGGCAUUGGCUGUUGGAACUUUAAGUGGAGAUGCUUUCUUACAUCUUCUUCCACAUUCUCAUGGAAACCAUCACCAUCACCAUGAAAAAACUCUACCUGAACAAAACAAAGGCUCUCUCUUCAAACAUCUUGUUUUUCAAAGUAUAGAAGAGAGUGCUUACCUGGAUUCUACAUGGAAGGGACUUACAGCACUUGGAGGCUUAUAUUUCAUGUUUCUAGUGGAGCAUUUGAUCACUUUAAUAAAGCAGUUUAAAGACAAGAAGAAAAAGAAAAAAAAUGAAGAUGAUGGAGAAAGUAAGAAGUUUUCAGCGAAUGAAGAAAUGUUAGAUACAGAUGAUCGGCCUGAGGGCUACCUAGGGACAGAUUCACAAGAUCCACCGCCCUUCAUUUCUCAGCAACCAGCAGUACAAGAAGAAGAAGAAGUUAUGAUAGCUCGUUCUCAUCAAGAAGAGGUUGACAAUGAAUAUGUAUCCAGGGGCUGUAGAAACAAAUGUCACUCUCACUUGCAUGAUACUUUAGGACAGACGGAUCAUCUUAGUCAUCAUCACCAUGACUACCAUCACAUUCUACAUCAUCACCAUCACCAGAACCAUCACCCACAUAGUCACAGUCAGCGCUAUUCACGUGAAGAACUGAAGGAUGCUGGGAUAGCAACUCUGGCAUGGAUGGUGAUUAUGGGAGAUGGACUACACAAUUUUAGUGAUGGCCUUGCAAUUGGAGCAGCCUUUACUGAAGGAUUAUCUAGUGGUUUAAGUACUUCUGUGGCUGUAUUUUGCCAUGAAUUACCUCAUGAGCUAGGAGAUUUUGCUGUGCUUCUAAAAGCUGGUAUGACUGUCAAACAAGCUGUGCUUUAUAAUGCUCUGUCAGCUAUGCUGGCCUAUCUUGGAAUGGCAACUGGGAUUCUUAUUGGUCAUUAUGCAGACAAUGUUUCAAUGUGGAUAUUUGCCCUUACUGCUGGCUUGUUCAUGUAUGUGGCACUUGUAGAUAUGGUGCCUGAAAUGCUCCACAAUGAUGCUAGUGAUCAUGGAUGUAGCCGCUGGGGAUAUUUCCUAUUACAGAACGCUGGGAUUCUGUUGGGUUUUGGGAUAAUGCUGCUUAUCUCUGUAUUUGAACAUAAAAUUGUAUUCAGCAUAAACCUGUAGUCCUGGUUUCCAGGAGCAAAGUUUAGUGUUAAAUUAUAAAUGGUACAGCUUUACCCUCCCGCUUAAAUUCUGUAAUGCAGAGGUAGGUUUGUAGAUUAGAUAUUUUUAUUGGUGUGCUUUCCCCCUCCCCCCCCCAGUAGAAAUGCAUACUGUGUAAGUCUUUUCACUCAGUGUUUAGUGUUGCAUAUGGUACUGUGGAAAGUCACACUUAGUAAAGCAUGGUGAAAGUGCCAAAUCCAUUAAAGGAGUAUCAUCAUUUGGGGAGAGGGGAUUUUUUAAAAAUUUUUUGUGAAUUUAUUUACUGUAUGUAACUAUAUGAAACUGGUAUUUUUUACUUGAAUAGUUUUGCCAGUAUAAACAAAUAAAACAGUGGUUUUUAUUAUAGCACAAUCACAAACAGUUGAUACAAAGCUCAGUGACCAGUGUAAAGCAAGAUAAAGAUAUGUAAUGAGUAGCAUAGUUUUGGUAGUAAUUAAUCACUUCUGUUUCCAUCUAGUCUAUAUGGAACGUCAGAUGGGUCCACUUCCACCUUUUUAAGGUGGUUCUACUCAGAAUAGCUUGUGGAUUCUUUUUCUUCAUUCAGCUUGAUUUCCACUCCAAAUAAUUCAUGUGAAAUCCUGUUUUAAGUGUUUGUACUAAAUGCGUUUUACUUGUUUGAUCUUUUUUCAUGUGAGAUUAUUGAUUUCUCAAGUACAGCUAUUUUAUUGUAAAAGCAUAGCUAUGUCUCUAAUAUACUCAAAUUCCAUCAAAAAGAGUUUUAAAGUAGAGAUAUAUUGCAUUUAUGCUGCCUGAAAUGGCAAUAUUGUGUUACAGUCUGGUUACAGUCUGGUCUCCAAUUGGGGUACAGUCUGGAGGAGUGCUAUAGACUGAGACAACAGUCACUUACUACAACAGCUUUUUUAGUGUCAGUAUGUUCUAGGGAAUUAGCUGAGUGGGAGAGCUGAGUGGUUCCAGUUCAAUGUGCUUGCAUACUAUAAACCUAAGCUAUGCAAAACUACGUUCUUUGCAACAACUUAAGCUGGUGCAUCCAAAAAAGCAAAAAUUCUUUGACAGCAUAUAUAGGGAAGCAGCACGUGAAAUUAAGAAUAAUUAUUGCUAAUGUAAUGUGUAGAUUGAGCUUACUUUCUACAGUUUAAGAUUUUCACCAUCCUGAAAGCAACUAAGGGAAAGAAGGAUGAAAAAAAUCAUUGUAAAAAAAAAAAUCUAUAUUUGCAGGGAAGACGGACAAACAUUAGUUCACAUAAUUUCUUAUUCAUUAUGUAAAAGUUAAGAGACAUCAUCUGAAUCAUGCUGUCUUAACUAAAUAGCAUUACAAACUAGAAACGAAACCACUCAAACUAAUUUCUGAUCCCAAUUUACCACUGCUUCAAAUCGCAAGCUGAAUGAAAAGUUUAAAGAGGAAGCAUUUGAUAAUACCAUGUCUGAUACGUUAAAUGGUCUGAUAGAUGUUCAUCUUGCAUAAAAUUAAAAUCAAAACUACCACAUCACAUCAGAAAUGGAUAUUUCAAAUGAAUUGAAAGGUUUUUACCAGUUAAAAAACAGUGUUUCUGCAGCCAAUGGAAUAUUACCUGGAAUUAUUCCCUUUUCCUUGUCCUUUGGUCUUUCCUCAGAUUAACUAGACUGAGAUUUAAUCUUCUUUGCAUAUUCAUAAGAUGCUGAUUUUUUUUUUCAACAUUUCUUAAGAAAGCUGAAAUAAUCAGCAUAGGUCUGUUAAGGUUUUAAUAUUAAUGGUGGAGCUCAUAUUGAUGAUUUAUGUAAGGAUGGAUUUUUCUGUUUGUUUUUUGUGAAGAAUUGUUACCAAAUUUUAAAAAAAUCUAUAAGAAAUGGAUUGAACUUUGUUUCUGUACUUUAAAAAAAAAAUCAAGUAAUAUCAACUUUUCAAUAGCAGUAGAAAAUUAAAGGGAAGGGACAAAGCGUGCUCAGUAAAACACUUUAUUUGCUCCUUUUUCUUAAGUGCUGUAAAGGUCACCUUUCCUGUCUUACAAGAGGUUCCUCCUCUUAAGGAUGGGAGGGUUCUGCUGACAAUUCCCUGUAAUUUCCUCUUCUAAAGUAGUUUGAGCAGUGCAGGAGCCAGCAGAGCUCAUCAUCAUUCACCUGAUCCAUAUGGUGAUCCUGCAAGUUGAGAACUGCACCUUCAAAGGAAAUCUCUCAUUCGUUACAUCCUCAUGUAUUCAGAGGAGGACAAGUUGAUUUCCUCAGUAUUUGAACAUUGCAUAUGAAACAGGAUUUCAGUCUCCUUGCCUUUCAGUAAGUGAAGAAAGGCAUCUCUAUAGCUAUUGCAGCCUGAGGGGAGCCCCCUCAGGUGUUGGGGUCUUACCCAGCUCCCCCAAAUCUGCAUGUAUAUGAACCUGCAUAUCUCUUUGUUCAGUGAUCCACAGAGAAGACCAGACUUUUCUGGGGAGUGCUCAUUUUCUUCUUUUUUUUUU